AUGCCUCUGCUCACAAAGACAGAUUCUGACAGGCACAAUGUGUGUGUGGCUGACACAGUCCCUAAUUAUGAGCAGAGUGCCUUUAAGAGUCCACUUGGCACACAGAGCCCAAGGGAGGAGCUGGUCGCCAAGCUGUCGCAGGCGGAGGAGGAGAAGGUGGACGCCGCUCAGCUGGCCCACAAGUUCGAGGCGCUGAGCGAGGAGAACCGCACCUUGAAGUUGGCCCAGUCCCAGUGCGUGGAGCAGCUGGAGAAACUCAGGAUCCAGUUCCAGAAGAGACAGGGCUCCUCUUAG